AUGGUCUGGAAGGGACCCGCAGGCAGCAAGCCAGGCCCAGCCUGGAGACAGAGCGGCAGGUGUCCACUCUUCCUUAGUGGAGAGGGGAGGGUCCCCGACUGGAGGGGACUCAGUCGGGGGCUGUUUGGAAGGAGACCCGGGGCCGCCAAACCAAGCGAGAGUCGAGGAGGGCCCUCCGUCGGGAAGCGAAUCCUGUUCCCCACCCCGAGUCAGAGGGCGCGGCGCGCGCGGGCCCGGCCCCAGCCGCCCCGGGCCGAACGUUCCGGCUACGGCGGCAGCGGCAGCGGCAAAAGGAGAAGGAAGGCGCGGCGAGGGCACUGUUACUCCGGAACCAAAACGCACGGCACCGGAACCCCGGGAGCCGGAGAGAGGGACCCGCCUCCCGCGGCGCCAUGUUGGAUGAGGGCAGCUCCCGGCCAGCCCCGCCAGCGCGCCCCGGCGGGCGGGACCCGAGGAGCGAGCGCGAGGGGCGGAGACGAGCACAAGGGCCGGGCUAGGCUGGCCUGUCGGGAGGUCUCCGUCGGCCCGUGGUCGCCCGCGGCGACCGAGUGACGCUCCUUUCUUUUCCACACGCGACCUUCGUUAAAGGCAGCCGGGUGAAACCAUCUAGCAAACGAAGGACGAAACUAAACUGGGCUUUUGGCGGACUCCAGCCCAACUGUCUUCUUAAGAUUGCGUACUGUUUGCGGAAGCCCCAGAAAGACGAAACUCCGCCUCGCCUUUAUACCUACUUUGUCAAGCCCUUUACCUUGACGGCGUUUGUGCACCAAAUCAAGAUUUAUUUAUUUUGAGAGAGACAGCGAAAGAGCACAAGCAAGGGAAGGGCAGAGAGAGAG